AUGGCAGCUCGCUUAUUGCGACUGCACGGCCAUGGCGCCGCAGGGCAGCUAUAUUCCAUUUUCAACUCCAAAUUCCUACUUCAAUACUCAACAACUGCAGUUGCUACUACCUGUGACCCGACCCAUUUCCUGAUGAACUAUCUUGUAGACUCUCUCGGAUUCUCCAAAGAAGAAGCCAUUACAACAAACACUAAGGUAACUCGUUUAAAACCCACUGAAAAUCCUCAGCUUGUCCUAAAUUUCUUCGAACAAAGUGGUUUAGACAAAACCCAUAUUGGUAAAAUUGUGUCUGCAGUUCCCAAGUUGCUUUUGUGUGAUGUUGACAAAACCCUAAAACCCAAACUUGACAUUCUUCAUGAUCUUGGUUUAUGUGGUUCUGACUUAGUCAAAGUCAUAACUGGAAGUAUGUCUAUUUUGAAAAACACAGAAGUUUCUGACAUGAAAUCUUGUGUCAGUUAUCUUAGAAAAGUUUUGGGUAGUGAUGAGAAUGUAAUGAAAGCUGUUAAGAAAAAACCAUGUUUGCUCUCUGUUAAAGGAUGUGAAAGAUUGAGGACCAAUAUGUUGUUUUUUCAAAGUAUUGGGUUUUCAGAUGAGGAUAUCAAGAAAUUCAUAGUUCAAAAUCCAUAUACUCUUUUGGCUUGUCCUGAGAGUGUAGAGGAUAAAGUGGACAGGCUUAAAAAAGAUUUUAAUAUCUCUCAAGGGUCGGGAAUGUUUAUCCAUGGAGUUGAUGUGCUUAUUUCGAUGAAAAAAGCGACUAUAGACACGAAACUUGGCGUUUUCAGGGAUUAUGGAUGGUCUAAAUGGGACAUAAUUAAAUUGGUCCAGCUUUUGCCUUAUUGUUUGAGGCUGUCACAGAAGAGAUUGCGAGCUGCGCUAAACUUCUACAUGGGAGAACUCGGUUUGAAACCUGCUUACUUGGCUUCUCAUCCGACGCUGCUUAUGUUUAGUAUGAAAAAGAGGGUUUUGCCUCGCUUGGAACUCAUGAGAAGUUUAGUGGAGAAGAAAUUAUACGAUGAAGAUUACAAUCUGUAUACUAUUCUGUUGCCAUCAGAUCCGAAAUUUUAUCAGAUUUAUGUGCUGCCCUACAAGGAUAUGAUACCUGAUGUGUGUGAACUAUACAACAAAUUUCAACAGCAUGGAAAAGCUGAAAAGUAA